GUUGCUCGAUCGCAGCGAGCUGCAGUGCCGUGCGUCUCUGUUCGUCUGUGUGUAAUACAUACAUCGCAGAGUCGCGGCGCCCCGUUGUUUUGUUGUUGCGUGCGCGCGGGGCGGGCAAGUCGACAGCAGCAGCAGCAGCGGCAGCAACAGCGGCAGCAGCGGCAGCAGCAGCAGCAGCAGCAGCAGCAGCAGCGGCAGCAGCAGCAGCAACAGCAGAAACAGCAGCAGCAGCAGCAGCAGCGACAACACUCGCGCGUGAUGCCGUUCAUAUCGAAAGAUUGGAGGAGUCCAGGUGAGGAGUGGGUAAAGACUGUCGAAGGUUGGGAAAAGAAGAAAAUCCUCGAGUGCGCCAACAACAAGACGCUGUCACUUUUGCUCAGAACGGAAACUAAUGACGACAAAAGGGAAAAAGAGAAGGAGAAGGAGAAGGAGAAGAAAAAAGAAGAUGCCGUCCAGCCACACUGUCAUAUCACGCUGAAGUGCACCCGCGAGAUCGCAGGCUUCAACGGAUUGAGCGACGCUCUGAAGAGGUUGGACUUCUUAUCGGCGGUGCACGACUGCCGGCGCUUUAACUAUAUUGUACGGCUGCUCGACCUGUUGGUGAGCCAUCGAAUGGGAGGAUUGAGCGGCUGCGCUCAACGCGUGCUGUUUAACAUGCUCGAGGAGGUCGCAUUAGAAGUGUCCUUAUCGCAACAACAAACCGGCAGACUGCGACGACUCAUAGAGAGGGUUCGAACUUUCAGCGCCGGUUGCUGUUGGGGUGGUAGACCAUUGGGCUCGGUGAUACUCUGGGAGAAACACAAAGCCGCGCUCGAUCGAAUACUGCAGAUCGCAUCUUCCAUCACGAUAACUCAGCCCGACGAGGAGCAACAGCCACAGUGGUCAGAUUUGCCAGCCGAGUGUCGGCGCGAGAUCUUGCUGCGACUUAGCGAUCCGCGCGACAUCGAGGCCUCGUCCGCGGCUUGCGAACACCUUGCCGUCCUGGCGCAGGAACAGAGGAUCUGGCGAGAACUCGCUCAGUAUCACUUCACGUCACAGCAGAUCGCCACUGCCCGACUCAACAAUCCUGACAAAGACUGGAAAUCCAUAUUCACUAUUGCUCGCAGAUCGUAUGGUUUGCGAGAGGAAUACGCGGAGAUGAUCCAACUAUGCCGAAACUGCCGUUGUCUAUUCUGGCGAUCGCUCGGACACCCGUGCAUCGCAGAUCAAGAUCCGGCCUUCCAGGAGAAGCUCGCCGACGUCGAUCGAGCGUCGCUCCACGUUCCGAUUCCCCCUCAGACCUUCCUCAAGUUUUUCUCGCUGUGAACGUCGAACCGACGAUUAUAACGCAUCCGAUAAUUGAUUAAAAAUGAAAAAUACUCGGUUCUAACACAUUAUUAAGUGCAGGCAUAUACGUAGUCCGACACGUAUAUGCGAAUAUAACGAAAGAGAUGUGUAUACUGUAAACCGGAAAAAAAAACAGAUUUUAACUUAAUACGCUGUAACUCUCACGACGAUUUUUUUCUAUUUUUUCUAUUGUUGCUAUCUUGUAGUUUUGAUUUUAUACGUCGCAUUGUAUACACUGAAAAAGAUUAUUCUUUUUUCGAAGGAGGAAUUUAUUAUUUAUAUAUUGCUCAGUGAAAAAGAAAUCGUUAAUGUAUUUCUUCCCGCGGUAAUAUUUGUCUAAAUCGAAAUACUUCACGAUUUUUCUUUUCUCAUUUGCAAUUUUUGCUAGUCAAACGAAUUUAUUCAAGUGCGAAACGUGCGAAUUUCCGCUCAUUUUUUUUGCUUUCGUUUUUCAAACACAAGCGAUUUAUAAUUGUUCCAGGUAAAUUUUAAGCUAUGGGCAAAAAAAAAAGAAGAUAUAUAUUAUAAAUAGAAUAAAAUGAAAAGUGAUAAAAAAAAUACAAUUAAUGUUCAAUAGUUGCACAAAAAAAUGUCACGCAAUUGUCCAAUAUUUCCAGUACAACUCUAACCAAGCAGUGUUAACCGCUUAAGAAAAUCAUCAAAAUACUAAGUAUUUUUGGGAAUGUGAAGAAAGUGCUAACAUAAAUUUUUAUUUGCAAAGAAACUUCAUGUCAUCGAAAAAUCAUUUUAGUAAUUUUUUGUAUCUACUUGCAGCUACAAUACCUUUUCCAAAGGUUCGAUACAAAAACAUUUAAGCUUCACCAGUAAAUUGUCCAUUAUGUGCUUUUUGAAAUUAUUCAACAAUACUUAGUAUUAAGCUAUCAUCAAAUGUGUAAAGUGAACAAAUUAAACAGAAAAUUUAUGAUUCCUGCCAGAGACAAAUACAUUUUUCAUCGAUAAAUACAUUAUACAUAUGAAUAUUUUAAUUGUACAUUACUGAUAAAUCCAAUCUCAGUCGAUUGAAAAUAAUUUGAGCUCUGCAAUCAUAAAAGAGACAAAUUACCAUCAUAACAAAGUUAUCAAAAAAGAAAACAAGACACAGGCACCUUGCUAAUAAACAUGUUCAACGACAUCAAUCUACAAUAUUGCAAAAUUUGCUGCAUUAAUGUGUAUCUUUGUAAAUUUGAUGAAAUUGGUUAAAACGUAAAAAAUAAUUUUUGGUGCUUCAAAAUAUAUACUAAAUUAUUAUCAGUCAGAUUUGAUUAUUAUCCAUUCCUUUUAAUAACUGAAGACUUAUUUGGAAGCACUUUUUUCUAUGAAAAUUUAAUUUUCUCAAAAUAAACAAAAAUGUUAAAAAAUUCCUAACCAAGUCUAAAGCUCACAGCAAUUUAGCUGCUGCAAUAGCAAUGAAAACUAAAAAUUUUAAUAUUUUUAAUGCUUUAUCAAAAUAUAAAAUAGUAAUAUUAUUUUUUAGCACAUGUCAAUCAAAACAUGAUAUUCAAUUCUAAAAAUAUUAUAUGCUAAUGCUAACCUCAAUUAAGUGUAUGGGAAUGCAAAAAAGAUUUUAAGAAAUCAUGACACAAUUUGCAAUGAUGUAGUAGUCAAAGAUUUUUAAAUAAAUAAGAUUUAAAUAAUGCAAAUGAUUGCAAAUUAUCAUAAUUUCUUUUAUUCUGUGAUGAAAAUAAGUCCUUUGACUUUAAACAAUGAAGAAUGUAGAACUUAUCAUGGAUAAAACACCAUUAUUUCAAAUAAUAUUAACAAAAACAUAUAUAUAAAUAUUUUGGCCUACGCAGGGUGACCCCAGUCAAACAAAUCAACUACAUGGCUUUCUUACAAUAAUGUCCAGAAUAUAAAGACUAGAUUAACGAGUAUAAUCUCAAUGAUGCGAAUUUGUUUGAAAGGUACUUUAUUAAAUAUUUAAAAUAAUAUGCAAUUCUUUAAAGCUGAAAAAAUUAAUUAUAAAUGCAAACUUCAAAUCUUCAAUGAUAAAAGUGUAUCUAAAUAAAAAAAACUUGAGUAAAAAAAAUCUCAAAUAAUAAGUAUUUCACUUGAUGUUGUAGAAAGAUGUCUUUGUAAUUUUGGUAUAUGCUCUUUUUGAAUAUUGUUUAAUUUGCUUUUAGAGUAAAGAAGUUUCAAUUUUAUUGAAAGCACUUUUAUACUGUCAUCCAAAUGAUGUUUUUAAAUUCAAUAUUUGUAUAUGUGAUAAACUUAAAUAAGAUGAUCCUUAGUAAAAUUUAUGUAAGUUUUUGCAAAUAUAUAUGCAGUAAUGACAUUUAAAUAAAUCAUUUGUUGAUUCAAAAAUAUGACAAUUAUAUACUGCCAAACCAUAAUAAAUGAAAAUGCUAUUGCAUUGAACAAAAUUGAUAUUUAAAAACUUUUGGUUCAAAACAGAGUAAAACUAAUUCCUUCUGAUAAAUAUUUUUCAUUAUAAUGAUCUGUUAAAAAAGAUUACAUGUUUUCAUAAUUUCAUUGACCUAGUCAUGUUAUAGGGUGCAGACAAAAGUGGCAUUAUCACUUAUAGUACAGUAUUGGACUCAAAAACUCAAUCGCAUGAAAAGUUACAUUAAUUUUUAAUUCAAAUGUUAUCUAUAAUACCUGUAUCCAAUGCUUCUACGAUUCAAAUGAAUCAUAAGAAAAGAAAAAUAUAUCACAAAAACAGUGUAUGUAGAGAUUUAAUUUGAAGAUUAUAAAUAUCUUGUAUGUAAAAUGAUGGUACAAUUUCAUCUAUAAAUAGGAGGUGUAUAGAGCAACAUUAUGCCAGAAGCUUCUAAACAAAGAAUCUACAUAAAUAUAUUUAUGACAAGAUAUUGAUCAUUAUUUUAAUACUUUAAACAAGUUUUGAAAAAAUUUAUGUUUAUUGUAGAAUAUUUAAAGUUCUAAUAAAAGAAAAGAAUAAUUGUAAAUUUGUCUGUACAACUACUUAGAAUUGGGCUUACUAUACCGUAUAUUAAAGAAAUUAUUUUAUGUUGAAUAUGUUAUGAAAAAUAAAUAUUAUAGAAAACAAAAGAACAUGGUGAUAUAUAUAAAUAAAAAAAAAGUUAAAA